AUGUAUUUUGUUUUGAUAGCAGUUUUGGCUGGUUCUCGUUUAUUUCUCUUUGUAAUAGCCAGUUAUGAAUUACUUUGGCAAAACAAACCAAUUCCUUUAGUUGAAUUGUUUUAUCCUUUAACACAUUUAAUUACUUUGGCUUUUCUUUUUUAUUUCACCGAACAAUUUCUUCGCCUUUCUUUAGCCCCUCCAGGGCCAAUAUUUUGUGUUUGGCUAUUUUUUGUUUUGACUGGCUUACCUGAACUUUUUAAUUUAAUUAAUUAUUGUUUUGGAAAUGAAUUUUAUUUUUUGUCUACUUGUAUAGCCAAACUUGUGUGGUGGCCUUUGUGUUUUUUUCAAUUUAUUCUUAAUUGUUUUUCGACUAUUCCAACUGGACAGUCAAACCAAUCACCAGAAGAAAAAGUUUCCUUUCUCAACAACCAAUUAUUUAUUUGGUUUGACCCUCUAGUUAAAAUCGGUCAUAAAAGACCUAUAGUUGAAAAGGAUGUUUUCCGUUUGCUUCCGGAAAUGGGUGCUAAAAGACUUUUUCGAAGGUGGUGCAAAGAGAGGGAAAAACAACAAAUUGGAAAAAGUGGUGACUUUAAUUAUUCAACUUCCCAACUCAACGGCCCAUCAAAACAAAGCAAAGAAAAUAUUCAAAAUUACAAUGAACGAACCCCUUUAUUGCCAACCUUCAAAGAAAAACAACAAAAAUUAAAAAACAAAAAACCUUCCUCAAUAAUUAAUUGUUUAUGGAAUUUAUUUAGAUGGGAAAUUAUUGGGGCGAUGAUUGCUAAAUUAUUUAGCGAUUUAUUACAAAUUACAACACCUUUACUUUUAGGUUUUAACAUGAUGAACAGUAUUGGUUGUAAAGUUCAAUCUGUUUUGACCUCUGCUGUUUAUGCAAAGGUAAAUUUAAUGGCAAUAGAUGUUGAUCGUUUUUACCAAGUAAUUCCUUUAUUACAACAAAUUUGGUCCAGUCCUCUUCAAGUUGUUCUCUCUCUCUUUGUUCUUUAUCAAGUUAUGGGUUGGUCUGUUAUUGGAGGUGUUCUAUUUAUGAUUGCUUUAAUUCCUUGUAAUUUGUGUGUUGUUAGACGUACAAAAAUAUGGCAGAUGGAUCAGAUGACUCUCAAAGAUUCAAGACUUCGAAUGCUUAAUGAAGUUCUUACUGGCAUUCGAGCCGUUAAACUUUAUGCUUGGGAAGUGCCAAUGAAACAAGUAAUCGACCAAAUACGUGAACACGAGGUUAAAUUGAUUCGAAAAGCUGCCUUGCUUCGUACUUGUUCUGAUGUUCUUAAUUUGACUUCUCCUUACUUUGUAUCAAUAAUAACCUUUGCUCUCUAUAUUUUCUCUGAUCCAGUCCACAAUAUUUUAACCCCAGAAGUUGCUUUUGUAUCUUUAACUUUAUUUUCUCAAUUACGCAUUCCAAUGAUGGUUUUGGCCGAAUUAAUUGGACAAUUAGUACAAACGGCUGUUUCAAAUCGAAGACUAAAACAUUUUUUGGUAGCUGGUGAAAUUGAUCCUGAAGCUGUUGAAAGGGAUUUGGAUCCACAAUAUGAAAGAGCAAUAGAUGUUGAAUUUGCCUCUUUUGAUUGGAAAACAAAAACAAAAAAAUUAGUAAAAACACAUUCUCACCUCCCUCCCGGUCACCAACAUUUAAUACGUGGAUCAACAACAAAUAUUUGUAUUCCCUACUCUUUAAAUAACCUCGAACUUCAUUUACGUCGAGGUUUGUUGGUUGCUGUUGUUGGAAGAGUUGGGGCUGGGAAAACUUCCCUUUUACAUGCUUUACUGGGAGAAAUGAAUAAAGUUUACGGAUUUGUGGGCCUUCGUGGGCGUGCGGCUUAUGUGCCGCAACAGCCGUGGGUACUAAAUAGAACAGUUCGUGAGAAUAUUCUCUUCUCUAAUCUGGAUGACGGUGAAAAACCAAACGAAGAAUUAUAUGCCCGUGUAGUUGAUGCUUGUGCUCUUAAAUCUGAUUUUGCUGUUUUACCUGAAGGUGACCAAACAGAAAUUGGUGAACGUGGAAUUAAUCUUUCGGGUGGACAAAAAGCUAGGGUAAAUUUGGCUAGAGCUUUAUACCAUCAAGCAGAUAUUUAUUUACUUGAUGACGUUCUCUCAGCUGUUGAUGCUAUUGUAGGAAGACAUUUAUUCGACUUAGCAAUAGGUCCUGAAAGUUUAACUAAAGGAAGUACAAGAGUACUAGUUACACAUUCUUUGGCUUAUUUGGCUGAAACUGAUUGGAUUGUUGUGAUGGAAGAUGGUCAAAUACUUGGACAGGGCACAUAUGAGGAAUUAUUAAAUGAGCCUAAAACAGCACAAUUAAUUGCACAUUUGGAAGAGAAAGAAAAGGAAAAUGAAAAAGAAGAUGAAAAAGAAGGCAAAAAAUAUUUUUUUCAAGAAUAUUUUAAAAUUUUUAGAAGAACAAACAGAAAAUAA